AGAGAGCGAGAGUAUGGUAGAAUGAAAACAUUAUUGAACUUCGUCUGUGCGGCUUAUCUUCCGACCCAUUCUCAGUUUCAUUCGUAACACGACCCACUAAACUUGCUUCGUAAUAGCCGGUCCGAUAACUUCGUCUUGUGGAAGGACUGUAGGUGACUCGAUAUCUCGGGUCGUUCAGCUGAUAAUUACGGCAGUACAUCUCGUGCAGUAUCAGAGAAAACACCGUCAUGGCAGCGCCGACCGAAGAACAGUACGUAUUCUACGGUGGAUCGACCGACGAAAGUGUUGAAAAUGGGUGCCGAUCGCUGGGCGAGUUAAUUCUCAAGCGUAUGCGUACGAAUGGAGAUGAUGUUGCGUUUAUCGACGGGAUAACGGGCCAUGAAACGACCUUCGCCGAUAUGCUGGAGCAAUCGGUACGGCUAGCUAAUCGCUUUCACCGGAUUGGUAUCAAGAAGAACUACGUGGUAGCGAUUAUGUGCGAGAAUAGGAUUGAACUGGCGUUAGUGUCACUUGCCACGAUCUACCUGAACGCGAUCCCGAUUCUGCUGAACCCAAGCUACACGCCGACGGAGCUUGAGCAUGUGUUGAAACUUGCCAAACCUCGAGCCAUUUUCGUGUCUCCGAUCGCCCUUAAAACGCUUCUAACCGUAGCUCCAGCAAUCCCUUCCCUUAAAAUGAUCACCCUGCUUGGAUCCAAAGAAAAGCCGAACAGCAAAAUUACUCUGUUCAGCGAACUCUUCGACAGAAACAAGCUAAAAUCUGCCCGAGCCUUCACUCCUCAACCGGUGAACCUACGCGAGCAGGUUGCACUCAUGGUUCUCUCCUCGGGAACAACCGGACUCCCAAAAGCCGUCCAACUAACCCACUACAACAUUAUGUCCGUCAUGGCUUAUAUUCGGCAGGACGCAAAAACCUUCGGACUUCCAGCAAACUCGCGCGUCUUGGGACUGCUUCCUUUCUUCCACAUCUACGGCUACAUGAUGGUCCUCAGCUCGUUCUGCAACGGACGCACAAUGGUUUCGCUGCCAAAGUUUGAACCCGACCUAUUCCUAUGCACUAUUCAGAAGUACGAGAUCAUGGGCGCUGCCCUCGUUCCACCGCUGAUGGUCUUCCUCGCGAAGCAUCCCCUCGUGGAUAAGUAUGACCUUAGCUGCCUAAGAGCUAUCUCAUGUGGAGCCGCUCCGUUGAGCAAAGAAAUCGAAGAAAUGGUCCUGAAACGUCUACCGAACCUGCUGAUGAUCCGUACCGGCUACGGAAUGAGCGAGUGCUCGCUUGGUGCUCUGACGAGGAACUCCGACAAAGCCGGUAGCGUCGGCCAGGUCAACCGGAUGUUCUGGAUCAAAAUCGUGGACACCGAGAGCGGAAAGACGCUUGGUCCCCACCAGGUUGGAGAAAUUUGCGUCAAGGGUCCGAUGGUCAUGAAGGGAUACCUGGACAACGAGAAAGAAACUCGCUCGAUCAUCGAUCGGGACGGCUGGCUGCACACCGGUGAUACCGGCUAUUUCGACGAAGAUCACGAUUUUUACAUCGUAGAUCGGAUCAAGGACCUAAUCAAGUACAAGGGCUUCCAGGUUGCUCCAGCCGAGGUCGAGGCGGUACUGCUGACGAACGCAAAGAUCAAAGACGUGGCCGUGAUUGGACUGCCGGACGAGGCCAGCGGUGAAGUGCCGAUUGCGUUUGUUGUCACCCAGCCGGAUGCACAGCUCAGCGACGCCGAAGUUAAGGCCUGGGUUGCCGAUCGACUGUCCCGCCAGAAGCAUCUACAUGGAGGGGUGCGCUUCGUUGCGGAGAUUCCCAAGACGGCCAGUGGCAAGAUUUUGAAACGGGAGCUUCGCAAAUUGGUGACGAAGGCCAAAUUGUGAUAAGGAUAUGUUUUGUUGUUGAUAUUUUGCAAAAAUAAAAGUUCUACUUCCUUACAUUUGUA